AUGAGCUAUAAUACAAAACUUAUAUCUGGUUUUUACUACCAACAGUUUCCUAUAACAGGAAAAGGUGUCAUACAAGGUUUGUCUGUUCCAUUGACUUUAAGUACACCUAUUUUAUAUAUUGUUUCAAACUUAGGUUCAAAGUGCUAUUCGAAUGUCGACAGAAACUACUAUGACCAAAAGAUACUCAUGCGUAUAAACAACACUUUCUCUGCUGGUUUGCCUAUUGUUCAUUCGAAUGCAGAGUUUUCAGCUUUAGUGAACUCAAACACUUUAGCAAACAUAAACUUAACCUUAGUUGACGCAAACUUUGUUCCUGUAAAACUUUUAUGUCCUAUGUAUUUGUCAAUGACGGCAGAAAGUUUCGAAUUGGAAGAUGCAACUGGUGAAAGUAUUGUAUUACAAGAACAACUUCAACAACAAAUAGCUCAAGAACAACAAAUGCAACAAAUAGCUCAAGAAUAA